UAAACAAAAGAAAAACUUUUUAUUUUUGGUCAGUAGACUGAAUCUUGUUGCUUUUAUUGCCUCUAAUUUUAAAUUCUUCCCCCUAUUUAGGUAUGUUGAACUCACCUUUUGUCUAACUGAAGCCCCCCCCCUACUUAAAGUUACAUCAUUUUCUCUUUAGUUCAGUUUCCAUUCUGAGGUACACCAAGUGUUUAGCUAGAAAUGUAGUUUCCUUGUGUAUUCUUCCUCCGAGCAUGUGACGUGUCCUCCUGCCCUGUUAUGUGGAAGAGGUGUCAUUUGAGUCCCAGUGUAAUGGUAAGAGUAUUUAUUUUUGUUUGAGCUCAGACUUCCUCAGAAGAACAGCGGCCGGUCCUCUGUUGACUACAGAACCGGUUUUAAAAGACUGCUGAUUUUCCAUUGAUAGUACAUUUCCUGGAACUCUGCUAAAAAGGAAAAAUAAAAAAACACACGCACACAGGGGAAGUUGCAGUUAUCAUAGCAGGUGAGAUGAAGCUCCGCCUCCCUGCUCACUCACCUGAAAUUAGCAAGAAUUAUUCCUCCGGACUCCUACAUAAACACAGCUGCAAUGACACUCGGAGCACACGAGCAGAAACCUACGAGCCUGGAGCUACUUCAGAGCUGAAGCUUUACUCAGACUACAUGGCUUCCAGAUUUGAGGAGGAUUUGUGCUGUCCCGUAUGUCGGGACAUCUUCAAAGACCCCGUUCUUCUGUCCUGCAGCCACAGCUUCUGCAGGGACUGCCUGAAGACCUGGUGGACGCAGAGACCAAAACACAUGUGUCCACUUUGUAAGACAGUCUCUCAGAAUGUAAAUCCGCCGUCUAACCUGGCUCUGAAGAACCUGUGCGAGUCCUUCCUGCAAGACCAGGACCAUCAAGCUUCAGACGCUCUCAGCAGCCUGCUCUCAGAGAAACUCGAGCUCUUCUGUUUGGACCAUCAGCAGCCGGUGAGCAUCAUCUGCAGGGACUCGAGAAAACACGUGGACCACAGCUUUAUUCCCAUUGAUGAAGCUGCACAGGAACACAGAGAGAACCUGCAGAGAAGUCUAAAGCCUCUGAAGGAAAAACUCGAGCUCAAGAGGAAAAUUAAAGAAAAUUUUGAUGAAACGGCAAAACAUAUAAAAGUCCAGUCCAAAAACACAGAGAUGGAAAUCAAGAGACAGUUUAAGAAACUUCACCAGUUUCUGGAGGAGGAAGAGGAGACCAGGCUGACAGCUCUGAGGGAGGAGGAGGAGCAGAAGAGCGGUAGAAUGAAGGAGAAGAUGAAGGCUCUGAACAAACAGAUAGAAACUCUGUCAGACACCGUCAGAGUUGCAGAGGAGCAGCUGAAAGAUGAAGACGUCUCCUUCCUGAACAACUACAAGGCUGCAGCAGAGAGAGUGCAGCGAUGCCCCCUGCUGGAUGAUCCUCAGCUGCACGCCGGAGCGCUGAUAGACCAGGCCAAACAUCUGGGCAACCUGGCCUUCAGCAUCUGGAGCAGCAUGAAGAAGAUGGUCUCCUACUGUCCUGUCAUUCUGGAUCCAAACACGGCUCACCCGGCUCUCACCCUGUCUGAGGACCUGACCAGCGUGAGAGACGGAGGGAAGCAGCUUCCCAACGUUCCGGAGAGGUUUGACUAUUUCAGCUACGUCCUGAGUUCUGAGGGCUUCAGCUCAGGCGUUCACAGCUGGGACGUGCAGGUCAAAGGCGGUUCUGACUGGGAACUGGGCGUGUUGGCUGAGUCCGAUUGCAGGAAGGGGAACGUCCAGUGCGGGCUGUGGAUUCUGGGAUCCUAUGAGAACAAGUACUCUGCCUGGUCUCCUGCUGCUCUUCACUUCAACCUGAAGGUGCAGAAGAGGCUGCAGAGGGUCAGGGUGACCCUGGACUGUGACAACGGGAAGGUGUCGUUCUUUGACCCUAACACCAACACACACAUUCACACCUUUUCGCACACCUUCACCGAGAAGAUGUAUCCAUGUUUCAACAUCGAUGGAAAGCUGGAGCUGGUACCAUGGAGCGUCUCAGCCUCUGUCAUGCAGCCAGGAGUGUGCUUGUGAUUUUUAAAAGUGUUCUUUUAAAUGUGAUUCAAUUUAUUUAUGUAGUUGUUUUUUCUUUCAGUAGAAGAAUUAAUAAUUUAUGUAAUUGUUGCUACAGAUAAAGAAAUGUCAGCUACAAGACUUUUGGUGACGCUCUUCCUCUGCACAGCAGAGACUCACGCUCUCUACUCUGUGGUUUGAUUUCUUUAUUCGUUUACAUAAAUUUCUAACUCCUUUGAUUUCAUUCUUGCUGUAAGAAAACUACUGCGCUUUGGGAUAUUUGCUUCAAUUUCUUCAGUGGAGGGGUGACCACUGAUUUUGAACACUGUCUCUGAAAGACAAUAAAGAGUGAAUGUGAAAACAUGUUUAAGUGAUUUUUUUUCAAGGUUUCUAUGAUUCAUUUUAAGACCUUUAUUAGAUCUCCAGAAUGUGAUUAUUUGCCAGUUUCACUAGAGGUGAUUACUAAAAGAAUACUAAAAAUACAUAUAGGAAAAAUAGCUACUACUCUUUCAAAAAUAGUAUUCAAGUACACAUAUAAAAAAGUCAUACUCCAAACACCUAUUUUAGGUUGACUAAAUGAACAAGUUUUGAAAAAGGAAGCACAUAUAUGCAUGUUUACCACAAACAUGAAACAA